AACAACGGGAAUUGGAACAACGGCCAGUUCCUGGGGCCCGUGGAGACGGAUGGCGCUUCUCUCGUGAACGCGACAGAGAAGUACAUGAUGCGCAACGAGGUCCGGCAGCAGCAGAAGCUCAGCUCCCAGUCGGGGGGCGCCCAGGCGAGCAGCUGCAAAAGCGGCGAGCCGGAGCCGCAGCAGGAAUGGUGGACAGACGACGGGUCCGCGCAGAGGAAAUCCACGGCUACCGUGGAUGUUGAGUCCACGCCGGCACCCAUUUUGGAUGGGGCCCCGGGCGCGCAGCGCGCGGCGGAUGUUGCUUCCGCAGACAGCGCGGUGGCUCUAGCUACGCCCGAGGACUUUCCGCAGCUGUCUAAUCAGAUCGUGGCGGGCUCCUGUGCCGCGCGCCCCGGAGUAGCGACCCCGCCAGAGGCGGCCUCUGGCGGAGCGCAGGACCGCUCGGGCGUCGAUUCCGACGGC